AUGGUAACUUCACCAGUUAAAUGCUACAGCAUAUCAGAUGAAUACAUCUAUGACAAGACCUCCCAUUCGGAAUACGAGUCAGAACUCAGAAGUGCCGUAGCCGAGAAGGGAAUCCAGUACAAAGCGAGGGAAGCAGAUUUAUCUGGCAAGAGCUCUCUUCUGAUGCAGAUGAACCCUCUUCAUAAGAAAGUCCCCGUCUUAAUUCAUAACGGAACACCCAUCUCCGAAUCGCCCACAAUAGUUGAGUACAUUGACGAAGCUUGGAGCCAAAAAUCUCCAUUGUUUCCCUCUCAUCCCUAUGAGCGAGCUCACGCCAGGUUUUGGGCAGAUUACAUCUAA